AUGGACACCACCUCUCCUCGUCUCUGCUACGAGACCUGCCUGCUUAAGCAAGCAGCUGGAGGUAUGGACAUGGACACCGCCUCUCGUCGGGAACUUAUGGAGGCCCCUCUUUACUACGAGACUUGCCUGCUUAAACAAGUAGCUGGAGCGGCAGUCAUGGGGCAGUUGGCGAUGGAGGAGUUGCUCUCGGGAAGAAUCAAAUCUCCGAACCGGUGCUACGAGAGCAGCUUGGUUAUGCGGAUAUCAAAUCUCUUAUAA